UGCUCAGGGCUUUAGUGCACAGAAUUUUCAUGCUUCUGCAACUCAAGCCGAGCAUGAACGUCAAAAACAGUCAAAAACAUUGUAAAUCUUUUCUAGUAAGUUAUUUUUAGUGUGUGUUUUUAUUUAAAAAUGGUGUUUUAUUUUGAAAGUGAUGUGGUGGAACCACCUGUAACUCUAUUUAUGGGUGUUGAUAAGCACGAAAAUGAAGAUCUCAUUAAAUGGGGAUGGCCGGAAGAUGUUUGGUUUCACGUAGAUAAAUUUUCGUCAGCUCACGUAUAUUUAAGACUUCGUUGCGGCCAGACAAUUGAUGACAUUCCAAGUUCAGUGUUGGACGAUGCAGCACAACUUGUAAAAGCAAACAGUAUAGAGGGAAACAAAAUGAAUGACGUUGACGUCGUAUACACAAUGUGGUCUAAUCUUAAAAAAACUCAGGGCAUGGAUGUCGGACAAGUGGGUUUCCAUAAGGAAAAAGAAGUUCGUAAACUUCAUGUUGCAAAGCGUCUCAAUGCAUUAGUCAAUCGAUUGAACAAAACCAAAAGGUCAGAACAAGUUAACUUCCGAUUGGCGAAAGAAGAGAGAGACAGGAAGGAGCGAGAAGAUAAGAAGAGGAUUCUCAGAGAGCAGAAAGAGAAAGAAAAACAAGAUGAGAAACAACGUCAAGACGAAGCUGAAAUAAGGAGUUACAAUUCGUUAUUUAAAAAUGCAAAAAUGACUAUGAAUACGGAUAAUUCUGGUUACGACUCUGACGAAUUUAUGUGAUAUGAAAUCUUUCUUCAAACUUUCAAUUUGAUUAGUUAAUAUGAUUUAUUGAUUGACUGUGAAUCGAUGCAAAAAUGGAUCUUAACUUCUAAGUAACGAAGGAUUAAGUACUUAUUGUAUAUUUUCUUCAAAAUACAUUCGUUGACACAAUUUUAUUUAAGAACUUGAAUUCAGAAAAAACUUAUUAAUAUAUCUCUCAUCACAAACUCACAAAAACAAUAUUUUCUGUAAAUGUUAUUUGUUAUUUUUUGAAAUACAUUAUCUAGAUGAA